AUGAACGGCCGCUUCUUGAUCCCUUCGCUAGAGCAGGCAGAUGAUUCUUCCCUAGGCGGUGCCUUCACCACCCAUAUCUUCACUGACCGUGGCCAUAGGCAAGGCCGUCACUCAGGACACAGGUGCAGCCGGCUAAAGUCAGGGUCGUCAUUCUGGCCCUGGGCAAGGCUGUCACUCUAG